AUGGAAGGCGCAAGCUGCCUAUCUCCCAUGAAGAUGGGGCCCUUUCCCAUCAAAAGAAGAGUUGGCAAUCUUGCAUACAAGAUAGACCUGCCACUGGGCCUACACAUCCAUCCUAUUAUUUCUGUCAUCCACCUUGAACAAGCACCAAAAGAUGAAUGGGAAAGAUCCAUUAUAACGACAAUCCUACAGGAUGUUCACCAAAUCCGACUGCCAUUCAAAGUUAAGGAAAUACUAGAUAAAAAAGUAAUGCCUAUUCAAUCCGGUUCGAAACGCAAAAUCUGGUUCUAUCUUAUCAAGUACAAAGAUGUCAGGAACACUAGCGAUGCUUCCUAUAUUACCUUAUAUCUUUUCACCACGGUGAGGCCACCGUUUUUCUGGGGCGGCAUUCUGUCACGUGACACCACUUAG